ACUACUACUGCUACUACAGGACGAUCGCCUGAUUCGCCUCAAGUGUUGGCGCGCCGCUUAGAAAUACGAUCCCUCAAAAUACUUGUUGGCUUCUCUAAGAGAAAUUCAUUAUGAAUUCAACUGGAGGGAAAUCUGCACCAAGAAAAAAGUACUGUCGCAAGAAGAGAGUUGUGAAACAUGCAAAUCCACUUUUUGAUGCAUGGCUAUUAGAAUGGGAGCAAGAGGCAGCAAAGUGUGGAUCUAACAUGAGGUUUAAUUACAGAAGAGCAAGAAAUUCCUUGAAGUUGUAUCCAUUGCCAGUCUAUCGAGGGAACGAUUGUAAAGUUCUUGCCCACUUUGGUGAUAAAAUAUGUCAGAUGCUAGAUCAAAAACUAGAGAAGCACAUUGAUGAGAAUGGACCCAUUGUUUGGGAGGAAAUUCAUAAGGUAAUGGGGUCUCCAGUUUGUAAGAAAAAGCCAAGAAAAAAGACAGUGAGGAAAAAUCAACCCCCUGCAGAGAAGUCUACUGAAAGCUUGAGUGAUAUUACCUCAGAUCCAGAUCAGGUGUCAACUACUGGGAGAGGUAAAAAUCGACCAUAUGUACCUUCGUUUAGAUCUGGGGCUUACGCACUUCUUAUUGCUUUGUACAAUAAUACAAAGGAAUCUGAUGAUGGGUUCAUGAAGAAGACAGAACUAAUGAAAGCUGCCCAGCCUUUAUGCAAUGCAUCCUUUACUCAUGCCCCGGAUGGCUCACAUUAUACGGGUUGGUCUUCCAUGGGUACCUUGAUAAAGAAAAAUCUAGUUGUUCGAGAAGGGAAUCCAGCUAGGUACAGUUUAACACAUGACGGCAAGGCUUUAGCAGUGAGAUUGAUAGCUGGUGGAGAUGCUGACAGUUAUGCUACCUCCAAUAUACUUGCUAGUACAGCUGACAGUGGCAUUGAUGUUGUAACAUUGUCUUCUAGAAGCUGUAGUCCUCUCAGUUUGUCUAGUUCACCUGUCAAGAAUAGGAAGUUCUUCAACAGCAACACAAAAUCAGAAUUGUCGUUUGGAGAGAAAGUGUCUUUAUUGUCAAGUAUACCUGAAUCUGAAAUUAUGGUAUAUAAUGAUGUCAAAGGAAAAUGCAAUCAGAGAAAAAGGAAAAAUAAUUCUAAUGAUACUGGGAACAAAGUUGAGACAUCAGUAAAAAAAAGUUGUGACCCUUUGAUAUUCAGUUAUGUGACAAGUUUAGAGCUGGAAACACCACUUAAAGAUAAAGCAGUUGUUAGCGUAGAGGAUGACGGAUUUUUGGGUUUCCUUAUUAAGUGCCGAUUAUCAGACCUCCUCAACUCCAGUUUGUCGUACCGCAUUGAUAGUGACAGAAUUGCACCUCUCGGCUUCACUUAUGCUUACCUGUCAAAUGAAUGUGCACCAAAUCAGAGCCCAGGCUUACUUUCUCCAAGGCAGAAACCACCGUUAAAAUCAAGAAUACCAGGCCCUACAGAUAUGGAAUCUGGUAACCAGGAUAAGCGAUUAUCUUCAAAAGCCAAAAAAACAUCCAGAAGUGGUAUGCCAAGCAAGCCAGCUGUCAGCUUAUUAGAAGAUAUAGUUCCAAGGCAAGAUUUAAAGAGCAGUAUCACAUCUGUACCACUAGUCAACAGAUUUUGUGAAGAGAUUCCAGUAUCAUCAAAACCCCUGUUCUCAUUCACUCCUGGAAUGUAUGAAAUAAUCCUCUGUGUUGACAGUGCAGAGAGUACUGGAGGAUUUCAGGGAAUGGCCAAGUUCAAUAUCAAAGAAAUAUUCAUCAGCGAAUUGAAAAAACACAGAGUGCAGUAUGACAUUCGAAAACUUCAUGUUGGGGAUUUUUUGUGGAUUGCUCGUGAGCGUUCUAGUUUUCAGAGCCAGCUGUAGUUGAUGCCAAAGGAGUUGGUCCUGCCUUACAUAGUGGAACGCAAGAGAAUGGAUGAUCUAGCAAAAAGUAUAAAAGAUGGAAGAUUCAAGGAGCAGAAGUUUCGUCUAAAGCAAUCUGGAUUGUCAAACCCCAUAUACUUGGUGGAAGAAUAUGGAUCACAAAAUCUAAGCCUCCCUGAAUCUACCUGCUUGCAAGCAAUUACCAACACGCAAGUGGUAGAUGGUUUUACGGUGAAAAUUACAAAGGAUCAAAUUGAGAGUGCAGCUUUUCUGACGAUUAUGACUCGCUGCUUGCAAAGUAGAUACCAGUGGACGGACGGGCAGAAAGAAUUGGAUUCACCUGGGCAGUUGUACCUGGUUCUCCCGCGAGUGGAGGGAGAUGACGUCAUCACCACCAGUGUUGGCGACGCCUACGCGCUAAAUUUGAAUUUAGUCUCCUGCCGCUCGUGGAAAUCACGGCUGUAUAAUUGUUCGGGAAAAAAUUUGAAGAGUGUACGGUUAGAAGAGUUACAAAACAGAGAAAAGUUCUCAAGUGGUGAGAUUGUUGAGACAGCAUUAGUACCUUUUAAAGAUUUCAAUGUGGCAUCAAUGAAGAAUCACCAAUUAUCAGUGAAAGAGAUGUUUGUUAAACAUUUACUGCAGCUUUAUGGACUAAGUGUGGAUAAAGCUAAAGCACUUGUAGAUAAGUAUGAAACCCCUGCUGCCUUAAUGUCAGCAUAUGAAAGUCUUGUAAAUCCUGUGGAAAGUGAAAACAUGCUGACCUCAGUAAAAUGUGGGAAAGCAGGAAGAAAUUUUGGUCCAGCUCUGAGUAUGCAUGUAGCUAAGUUGUAUACUAAUCUGAUGCUUCAGUAGUCGUCAGUAACUUACAUAUUUUAGCAUAUUUUGGCUGCUAAAAAACAAAGUACUUGUGUGUUUGUGUUAUCUCUACAAACACUAUGAAUAUUUUAUUAAUAUCUAAAAUGAGGACACCUAUAAUCUAAGGUAUUUUUAUUUAGGAUAUGUUAUUAAUAUCUAAAAUGAAGACACCUAUAACCUAGGGUAUUUUUAUUUAGAAUAUCUUGGUGCAAAUUUUACAUAAUCUCUUAUAAUACACAAGCAUGAAGUGAAAUGACAUUGUAUUAUGCUAAAUUAAAGUAUUUAAAAUU